AUGAUCGAGUUGUUAAAUGAAGCUAUUGAAAAUGACCCAGCAUUAUGUCCAAACGGUUGUGGCCGUUCAUAUAAAGGUAUAUACCGCAAACAGAGUCUCAAACAUCAUAUGAUUUAUGUGUGUGGCGUUAAUCCACAAUUCAAAUGUACAUUUUGCAAAAAACAGCUCAGACAUUACAAAUCAUUAAAAUAUCAUAUGGUUACUGUUCACAAACAAUUUUCUUCACAACAAAAUUUUCCAUGAGUGAAAUGUAUUUUAAAAAUUGUUAUAAAAUAUUUUAAUUAAUAAAGAUUUGUUUUUUUCUUUUUUAUGUUAGAAAACACUUUAUGAUCAUUUCUUUAUGUCAAUGUAUCACAAAACUAAAAGUUAGCCCUAAAUUAAAUCAAAAUGCAUUCUAUUUAUACUUGCAUGAUUGAUUACCGGUUUAAUUAUUUAUUUAUUGAUUUAAGUUACUAAUAAAAUCAAAUUAUCUAAAUACUAAAUUAGUUAUAUGCAAAAUAAACUUUAUUGCUUUGACCUUUAUGAUUAAUGCACUAAAAUAUCCAUACACUUAUACAUAUUUCAUUCUACAUAAUAUGUAUUGAAGUUAAAAUUGUAAUUUUAGUGAAUGAAAACUAAUCAUUAAAAUCACUUAUUUUUAUAUUUUCAGAGAAUAUUAUAAUCAAGUUACUAAAUGUGGCUAUUAGGAGUGAUCCAGCAUAUUGUCCGAACGGUUGUGGUCGUUCAUAUAAAGGUUUAUACCGUAAACAAAAUCUUAAACAUCAUUUGAUUUAUGGAUGUGGUGUUGACCCACAAUUCAAAUGUACAAUUUGCCAAAAAAGGCUAAGAAAAAGCCAGACUUUAAAAUAUCAUAUGGCCACAGCUCACAACCAAAUUUCAACUUAACAAAAUCAUAUUCAAUUCCAGUGUGUAUAUCUGUAAGAAUUAUUUAUCAAUAGUAUUCUGAGCGGACCGAGAAAUGCAUUGGUGUUACAAUGAUGUUUUAAGAAUGAUCUUUUUUUUUUUUAUGUGAACACUUUCUACCAGAAAACUUACUCCAGUUAUCAAGUAUAGCCCUUUUUCUAAAAGGAAAUGUUCUCUAGAUGGUACUUUAGAGAGAUCAUUUUUUUUGGAAUUCAUUAGUAUUCGAAAUUAUGAGGAAAACCUGGUACUUAAGCUUUAAAAAGAUUGAAAGAAUAAAAAUAAGGUUGUCAUUGACAACCAUUUUUAUUUAUUUAUUAUUAUUAUUAAGUUUUUAUAAUUUUGGUAAUUUUUAAAUAAUUAUUUUUGUCAUGGAAACACACAUUGUUGUAAUCAUUGUACCAUUAUAUUAUAUAUUUAUGGUUGACAAAGCAACACUAUCAACUGAACUCCGCUCAGAAUCGUUUUUUGUUAGCAAUGGUUUAUUGUUGCUUACAGGUAUACAUUCAAUUUUUGUCUGUAUUCUACCUUCCCAACUGUACAUCUACAACAGUGGUUGCAUCCAUGUGCAAAGUAUAUACUGCUUUUUUAUUAAUAAAUAUAAGAAAUUAUUAUAUAACAAGAGAAUAUAGUUUAUUAUCAAUUUUCAAAAUAAAUUUAAUAAUGUAUAAUACUUAAUCAUAAUUUCAAUUUACAACGCUUUAAAUUUUUACUAGCAUUAUGCUUAUUUAGUAAGUUAUGUCAAAUUUAAGUUAGUAAAUCCAUAUAAAAAAUGAAAGCUCAAUAUUUUAAAAAUAAACUGAUGCUUCAACUCCUCCAAAUAAAUUUUGCAUCCAAAUAUCCACGCACCUAAACAUAUUUUAUACAGUAUAUUGAGGCCUGAAUUUUAUUUCUAUUGAAAGAUAACUAAUUAAUAAUUGACCACCUGAUUUUUAUAUUUUCAGACAUUAAGCUAUACAAGUUACUAAGUGUUGCUAUUGAAAAUGAUCCAGCAUAUUGUCCAAACGGCUGUGGUCGUUCAUAUAAAGGUUUAUAUCGCAAACAAAAUCUCAAACAUCAUUUGAUUUAUGGAUGUGGUGUUGACCCACAGUUCAAAUGUACAAUUUGCCAAAAAAAGUUAAGAAAAAACCAGAGUUUAAAAUAUCAUAUGGCCUCAGCUCACAGCCAAAUUUCGACUUAAUAAUAUCGAGUUCGUCUCCUGUAUGUAAAUUCUAUAUUAUAUAUAAUUGUAUAUAAAAUCUCCUAUAUUACUUGCAUAUUUGAAUUUUUGAAUAUUUCCGUAUAACAAUUUGUUAAUAAAUACAAUUUAUUAAAGUAAUACCUACCGUAUUAACAUAUUUAGCUAUAUAUUUUUUUCAUUAACAAAAAGCAACAAAAUAUCUUACCUUUAUUUUAAGGAAAUGUAAUAAAUAAAACUAAAUUUUAUGUAGCAAAAACUUCAAUGAUUGGACGAAAAUUUGUACAGCAAAAUAUCCUAAGUCCUAUAUAUUAUAUUUUAUACUAGAGAUUGAAAUAUAUUUUUAUUAAAAUCAAAUUAAAUUAAAUAGGUGUCUGAAUAUUACAUUUUCAGAUAAAAUCAUCAACGAGUUAGUAAAUAAUUUUUCUAAAUAUGAUCCAACAUUUUGUCCUAAUGAUUGUAGCCGAUCAUAUAAAGGAAUAUACCACAAAAGCCAUCUUAAAGAGCAUUUGAUUUAUGCAAGGGGCAUUAACCCACAAUUUAAUUGUAAAUUUUACCAAAACAGCUCAGACAUAGCAAAUCGUUAAAAAACCAUAUGGCUACUGCUCACAGCCACUAUUCAAUUUAACAAAAAUGUUUAAUGUAUAAUGUAUUUUUUUUCAAAUAUAUUUCUGUAUUGUGUUUAUUUUAAUACAGACAAAUUUGUAUUGUACAGUAGAAGAAGAAGAUACCUAAUUAUAAAUUAUUUUCUUUAAUGUAAUCCUUUAAUAUCAUACUUAUACUCACAAAUGUGGACUUAAAAAAAUAUGUAAAAUAUGUAUUUUAAAUUGUUAUAUACGAUUUAAAUUAAUAAAGAAAAGUAUUUUUAAAACCGGUAAAACAAGUCUUAUUAUUCAUAAUUCAUAAAACUAAAAUUAAGGACUUUAGCCCUUACAAUUUAUUUGUAUGUGUAUGUAUAAUACAAUAUAUUGUAUACUUUGUACUGAAGUUUGAGUUUUAUUUUUAUUAAAAUUUGUAUUAAAUUUUUUAUUAUUAUAUUUUCAGGCAGAAACAUGAAUAAGUUAAUUAAUGAAGCUUCUAAAUAUGAUCCAGCAUUUUGUCCAAAUGGCUGUGGUCGAUCGUAUAGAGGUGUACGGCGCAAAGGCAAUCUCAAACACCAUUUGAUUUAUUCGUGUGGGGUUGAUCCACAGUUCAAAUGUCCAUUAUGCAAAAAACUACUUACACAAAAACAAUCAUUAAAUUAUCAUUUAGCCACUGUUCACAAACAAUUUUUAACUCGACAAAAUUGA